AUGACGAAGCAGCGAAGUGCUGCUGGCGUGGCCGUCCUUGAUGGAUAUUUAUACGUGAUGGGCGGUCACGACGGAAUGUCGAUAUUCUCAUCAGUGGAACGGUUUUCGCCUGAAAAAGGACAGUGGGAAGCCGUUCCGUCGAUGUUAUCGAAACGGUGCCGUCUAGGCGCGGCGACGCUGAAUGGCAAAAUUUAUGUGUGUGGAGGAUACGAUGGUGCCCAAUUCCUGAACAGCGUUGAGUGCUUUGAUCCAGUGACAAUGCGAUGGUCUCCGGUGACACCGAUGAACAUCAAGCGCAGCCGUGUGUCGUUAGUAUCGAAUGCAAAUUCCAUUUAUGCUAUCGCUGGAUAUGACGGCAUGUCGAACCUCUUCUUCAAUGGAAGUGUACCGUGA